ACCCGACUUACUUCUCUUCACUUGCCAUCUCGCCUCUCCCCUCGCCGUCUCGGCCGCUUCUGCCGCUGCACUCGGCGGCCAACCGGCACAGUUCACGUGCCGCGAGACGGACAGACAACGCAGCGGCCAAGCAAUGGCGGAGCCUGCACCAAGUAACAGGUCACAGCAGCUCAGCCCGCUGGACGCGCGGCGGCGGAGGUCCCGCUGCCAGGGCUGCGCGACAAGCCAUGUCAAGGUGCGUGUCCUUGUCUCUCGCGCCGUCCUUUCUACAUUCGGCACAGACGGAUGGAUGGAGGGACGGACAGGCGGACGGGCAUUGGGCCCUGUAGUGCUCUCCGGCAGCGUCGAGCCAACGCCCUUGGAGAUGCAGCUGACAUGGUGUUAGUGCUCCGGCGGACGUCCCUGCGUCCGAUGCGCGAGGCGGCGCACGCGCUGCUCGUACCCCGAGGCGCAGGACGCUGCCGGCCCGACGCACUUUGUCCUUGUCAACGCCUCCGGGCCGAGACCGAUAACUUCGCCGGCCGCGUCACCGCCAGCGCCUCUCGCCGACGAACGUGUCCGGUUAGUCGCCGCGUUCGACGUGUUUGCGCGGCGCAACAGCUUCACCGGCAAGAGGGCUACGUGUGGCGAUGAGGUGCGCGUGUUGCCGGGUCUGCACUCGGCCGGCAGCGGUCACCUAUGGCACGCCAUCAUGGCCUUGGGGGCCGUCUACGAGGCCGGGCUCGGGCGCGACGCCGCGCUGCGCAGGCGCCAGACCGUCACGGCGCUGGGGCACUACACGCAGGCGAUAGUCCGACUACAGACGGCCAUUCAAGACGGCUGGAGACGCAGCAAGGCGCCGCCGCUCGCCCAGCAGACGAGCAUCCUCUGGACGACGCUCUUCCUGGGCCUCUUUGAGGUGGGCUUACCCGUGAGACACAGCCCAGGUGCCCUCUGCAGAUGGCUGACUUUGCAGCUCAUCAACGACGCGUCCGGCGACGGCUGGCGGCAGCACAUGGUGCACGGCACGGCCGAGGCGCUGCGGGCGGCGGGGCCCGGGGCCUGCGCGCGGGGACCGGGCCGGGCAUUUUUUGCGCAGGCGCGCGUCUUCGAGGCGUGCCGGACCAUUCUCUUCAACGAGCCGACGUUCCUGACGGACGGGGCGUGGGCCGACCUGGCGCGGGGCAUGUGGACAGCGGGCCGUGACGAUGGCGAUGGCGACGGCGACGAGUGGCACCCGCUCGACUCGCUGCUGGACGUCAUGGUCAUGUGCUCGCGGCUGCGCGUGAGGGCCGGGACGCUGAUGGACGGCUGGGACGCAGGCGGUGGCGGCGACGAUGAUGACGAUGCAGACGAGGCGCGGGCCGUUUGCGCCGACGGGGAGGGGCUAUGCGAAGCCCUGCGAUGCUGGCGCGAGGCCUACGCCGCGGACUCGACCGACGACGACACUGCGAUACGUGAUGACGAUAGCACGCUCCUGGCGCGCGUGUUCUACGCGGCCACGCGCAUCUACCUGUCGGGCAUCUUUGACUACCGCCGGGCGGAGUGGACGCGGCGACUACAUGGCGGCGGCGGCGGCGGGUUGAUGACGGUCAUGCUGGCGCGGGACGAGGUGGACGCACACGUCGAGACGAUCCUGACGCUUACGGGCGCGGCUUUGAAGGGAAGCAGCGAAGGUGGGCGAGACGGCCGCGGGCUGUCACCGGUGCUGUUCCUGUUCCCGCUGCGCGUCGCGGGUGCGCGAGCGGCGGACAAGCGGCGGAGGGCCCGCGUGGUGGAGCUGCUGGGACGGAUACGCGGGGAGGGGUUCGUCGUCGCGGCGGCGAUAGAGGGCGACUUGCGGGGCGGGGUAUGGCGGAGGGGGUGAUGUGAUGUUGGUGUUAACGUUGACGUUGAUGGUGAUGGCGAUGUUAGGCGUUGGUGUUGGUCGUGCUCGUGGUGUAAGUUUGAUGAGGAAACGUGGUGGUGGGGCGUAGGGCAGAGCAGUCAGUGCCUUGCUAUCGUUCAUCAAACGUCGCCCGGUGUCCGGUUACAGUGGGGUCCAAACGCUGCAGGUGCUGGUCCGCCGUUGCCCGGAGAUGCUGCUGCGAACGCCCGCCAAUGAACGAAUGCCUACGCCAUGCAGGGCAGCGCCAUGCGGAGGGCCUCAGGCGUUGACCUCGCUCCAUGGGAGUCUCAGGCACCGAAUCGAUUUAUUCCUCAGGCACCAAAGUUAUUCGCCGUGUCUACGUUUCCAAUGACCAUUGGCAGUGUGUGACGUCCAUGGUGCAUGCACCUCGCGAUGCUUCGCUCUACGACUUUACCGAACGCAUCUCCCGUGGCUUAGCUCAGGGUCCGUGUACAGUACCAGCGGGACGGACGCUAGGUCGGUCGGUGCU